AUGGAGGCCAUCGUCACAGCCUACAGCAUCAGCCCGCGCCAUCUUCUUUACACCGUGUGGCAUCCCGAGUCGGCGCAGAGCCCGACAUGGCUCAGCGCAGCCCCUCACGUCAGCCGGUGGAGGUCAGGCAUCAAAGUCUGGGAUCAAUCGUGGCCCACCACGAACUGA